UUUUCUUGAUAAUCGCUGGUCUUUUUUCUAACAUUUUGUUGGACUUGAAUUUUAUGUUCCACCUCGUCCCGUCCUGCGAUAUUCCGGAGAGAAAUCCAGGAUCCGACGUGAUUGUUUCCGGAAUUCGUGACAUUCGCUGUUUAGAAUAGUACAGCGAUUAAUUUUUGUUCACCAGCCAAUUGUUACACGUAUUAAUAAGUUAAAUUGAAUAUCCGGUAUCUUUUUCGGCUCUACCUUUCUUAUCGUUUCGCUCAGAAGAACGAUGAUUGUCUGAAAAGAUAUAUUCAGACUUAUCUGCACCCCCAAGCUCCUAACAAGUAUUUUGAGAGAUUUUAAAAGUAAAGCAGAAACAUGAGAGUUGUUGCACUAGUCAGCGGUGGUAAAGACUCUUGCUUUAAUAUGAUGCAAUGUAUAGCUGCAGGCCAUGACCUUGUGGCUCUAGCAAACUUAUAUCCUGUUGGAAAGGAUGAGCUAGAUUCUUUUAUGUUUCAAACUGUUGGAUAUCAGGGUGUUGAAUAUAUUGCAGAAGCUAUAGGCUUGCCAAUGUAUCGUGAGCCAACAUUUGGCAGAUCAAAAAUGCAAGAAAAAUAUUAUUAUCCAACAGAGAAUGAUGAAGUUGAAGAUCUCUUUAGGCUGUUAAGUAAAGUGAAGGAAAAAGAAAAUAUAGAAGCUGUUUCAUCAGGAGCUAUUCUAAGUGACUAUCAACGAAUUCGAGUGGAAAAUGUGUGUAGUCGUUUAGGACUGGUUUCUUUAUCAUAUUUAUGGAGAAGGGAGCAAGAUGAAUUGUUGAAAGAAAUGAUAGAAAGUUCUGUAAAUGCAGUUAUAAUCAAGGUAGCAGCUUUGGGCCUUGAACCAAGACAUUUGGGUAAACCAAUCUCUGAAAUGCAAUCUCAUCUUGCCAAAAUAAAAGAAAAGUAUGGUGUAAAUGUUUGUGGAGAAGGAGGCGAAUACGAAACGUUCACGUUAGAUUGUCCACUAUUUAGUAAAAGUAUUAUAAUAGAGGAGUAUGAAAGCGUAGUCCAUUCGAACGAUAAUAUAGCACCGGUCGGAUAUCUCAAUUUCAAAAAAAUACAUGUACAAGAUAAAAAUGAUGGCAUAGAAAGAUUAACGUUACAAGAGAGAUUAAAGAAUGUUCCUAUUAAAAUCCCGUCUGAUUACAUCGCAGAGAUUAUCGGUCCAGAAUUACACGACGGCUGUAAUUUAUCAGAAGAUGAGAAUGACGAUCACGAUUGUACAGAUAGUAGUUUGAAAACGUCGAAUUCUGGUCAAUUUAAUCCACCGAGCCCUAUGGAAAUUUUAUACGAAGAGGAAGAUUAUCCCGAUGUACCGGUAGUAAAUAAGAAUCAAACCGGCUGGUUCUGGUUUGGCGGUAUCGCUGGGAAACAUCCUGACCCGAAAUCCGCGAUGAGAGAGGCAUUGGAGAAAUUAAGCAGUCUAGUCAAGAAGGAGAAUCUUCAAAUAUCAGACGUCGUUGCUGUAACAUUGUACAUAAAAGACAUGACGAAUUACGUAUCUAUAAACGAAGUUUAUACCUCGUGUCUGAGCAAAAUAAAUCCACCGGUCCGUGUAUGCGUUGAGUGUCCGUUAAACGUACACGUUGUGCUCGACGCUAUAGCCUAUAAAGAAACUCAAGACUGUGGUGAUAAAAGAAUUCAUAAACGACACACAAUGCAUGUUCAGAGCAUAAGUCAUUGGGCACCAGCGAACAUUGGUCCUUACUCUCAAGCUGUUCGUGUGGGUGAUAUUAUCUCGGUUGCUGGACAAAUACCCUUGGUGCCUGGUAGUAUGACUAUUCUGGAUUUGAACAUUAAAAGGCAGUGCCGUCUGACAUUAAGGCACAUAAACCGUAUUGUUAAAGCUAUGGAUUCGAAUACGCAACUCAGGGACAUUGUACAAGGUAUCUGUUUUUUGACUCACACUAGUUAUAUACCAGACGCACGAAAGGAAUGGGAAAAACGAACAAAUAACGCCAUUGUGGAUUACAUUGUUGUACCAAACCUUCCGCGUGGUGCACAGGUCGAAUGGUGUGUAUGGGCUCAUAGAGAUAAUAAUAGGUUUGAAUACGAAGAGACUGGCAAAUGUGUAGGUAAUUUCAAAGUAGCAAUAAGGCGUAGGUGGAACUACGAAAAUAAUGUUUCAGCGAUCGUGUGUUACAUGUCUACUGGUUCGUCCAAUUCGACUGGCAAUUUAGCUACAGAAACGAAUUUACCGUCUACAGAACUGACUGUUGGCGAACUAACAGAAGCAUUUGAGUAUGUAUUGUGCAAACUCACAAAAGGCUCGCAAACCGAGAAUCCGGCUUGCAAUCUGCGGAUCUUCUACAAGGUCGGUAGUUCGCCAGGACCGAAUUUUGUUCAGGACGUACUAUCUAAGUUUUCUACGCGAAAUUUAGUCACUACUAUCAUACCGGCAACGCACUUACAUAAUUUCAGUACCUUUUUGUCCAUAUGUGGUAUCAGACAUGAGUAAAAGGCCGACAUCGAUAUUUACGUUUGUCAAUUAUUUAUAAAAUGAGAAUACUGUGUCGUAGAGAGGGAUUGUAAAAGGACUUUUAUUUUCCUUUUAAAUUAUUUGAAUCAAUGGGUACGGGAGCUAGGACAAAUCGAUUUUAAUAUACAAAUACAAAAGAAUCAUUUAACGGCUAUAUGAAAGUUGACCACGGUUGUAAAACUUUAUACAUACACGUAUAUUCUAAAUAAUAAUUUAACAGUAUCGGUGCUCGAAUGUAAACAUUAUUUUCACGUUUUCUACUGGUCGAGCUUAUUGGGUUUGCUCGAGAAAAAAAAAUAUUCACUUGACACUUGUCCAUAGUGUAUUUAUAUUCGGCUAGUCAACGGGAUAUUGGCGUGGAUUUUCGAUCGUUCUCUGUCCCGUUAGUGUAAGUGUUCUACGUAAUGCAAAGCACGUAAGUCGUUUCAUAACAUGUACUGUAUAUGCUACGCCUCAUUUCUUGCUCAAGCUAUUUUUUAUUUUUCUCAUAUUUCACGAUACGCGCGGAGUGUUAUGUGUGUGAUUUUAUGAAAGAAUUUGAAAGCGUGCACAGCCAUUUUUAUAGUAGAGCUCAAAGGAUAUAAAGAUGAAAUUCAAAAAAGGGAAACGAUGGUGUUGCUACGUAUCAGAGACGUACUAGGUAAAAAUUGAACAUUUUUUUAUUCGGUAUGAAGAGGAAAAAACAAUCUAGAUUAUGCCUUUUUUAAUCUUAAUAAAAAACAUAAAAUGACAAGCGGAAAUUCGGGAUGCGUGCUCUACAGCAAAUUGCCCUCCUCCCCCUUCACUUUUCAAAUGCUGCCGACGUUAUUCCGCUGUUAUUCAAACUUUGUAUCGUAAUGGCAGAUAUGUAGCUUUACAAAAGUGUUAACAAAAAAUGAAUAUCUACUUCGCAAAAGUAUUGUAUAAGUCCUCGGUAGUUAUAUGGCAUAUAACUGGUCUAUGCUUUAGGAAGACGUCUUGUACAAAAAAAAGAAAAAACGACACGCAAUAUAUUAGAAUAUUUUUGACGGUAUAACAUUUACGCAACGAUAUGCCAAAGCUCGUAUUUUGCAACUUGGACAUUGUUUAAAACGUUUUCGGAUACUGUCAUUCUCUUUUUUUCUUUCUGUACAUAUAUUGCUAAAUAAUGUAAAACAUUCUUGCAAUGUACUAUAAAAUGUAAUUAGUUUCAAAACAAAACAAUUGGUUAUUGGUGUGGAUAUUAAUGAAUGAUAUGAAUUUCUAACGAUACGAGAUACAACGGAACAUACUGAUUAUGACGUGGAAACUGCGUUACUAUAAAUAUGUAAAAAAAAAAUGAUAUUUGCAAACAUUCAACUCUCGCAACAAAACACUAUCCCGAGGAUUAUAUUGCAAAAGAAAAAUAAAGAAAGUGAUAUAUAUUUUUAAGAAAUUGCAA